ACAUGAUUUACUCAUGAAAGGCAAGCAGGAGAACGGGAAGGAUAACUCAACUUCGGCGGCACCGAACGGCGCUGACGUGAUGGAUGGGCAGAAGAAAAACUCUGGAGACUCUAUGGAAAGUGAAAAAAAAGCCUCGCCCACGGCUCAACCUCCGGCCGGAUCUCAAGUGGAAGACCAAACCCCCAAGACUGUCCCUGACCGUUACUCGAACGCCGUGGAGCCGCUGAUCGCCGAGGGACCGUCCACGGGUGGAGCUCCGGUGCGUUCACCGUAUUUCAAAGUUCGGGGCGCUUCCAGGCAGUUCGGAGCUGCACCGGAAGUUGAGCCUUUCACACCCGAGCUCUUGCUCGAAGCAAGAGAUCAGCACAAGACCUACGAAAAUUACAAAGUCUACCGGGUAAGAGUCGAAUCCCGAAAACAAGAACAGUACUUGUCGUCUUUGGACAACGACUUCCAGCGGAAUAUUUCACUGUGGGAGGACCCGAUAAUCGAUAGGAACGUCACUCUGAUUGCACCACCGCAGAGCGUCAAGAGUUUGGAAGACGAAUUCGACGCUCAAACGCUCAAGUACAGCGUGCUCACCGAGAAUCUCAAGACUUGGUUGGACGAGGAAAGGGAGAACGUCAAUCCAAAUUUGUUUCUGGAGCAAAACGACAUCGGGAACUUCAAACUCGACACCUACCACACCCUCGAUGAGAUAUCCUCCUACCUGGAUCUCCUCGCGAUGCAGUAUCCCAAUUUAGUCAAACCGAUCGAACUCGGCCGGACCUACGAGAAUAAUACUAUCAAAGGUGUCGUUCUGUCUACCGGGGGGCAGAAACGAGCGAUAUAUAUCGAUGCGGGAACCCACGCUCGCGAGUGGAUCUCCGUCGCUUCCCUUCUCUAUAUCCUCAGCAACUUCAUAUCGAAUGGAGAUACGGACCCGGAGCUAAAGAGUCUACUUGAUCAAUUCGAGUUCCAUUUCGUGCCCGUGAUCAAUUCCGACGGCUACAAAUACACUUGGAACGGGGAUCGGCUUUGGAGGAAAAACCGCGUCCGUUUCCAGGGUUUCUAUUGGUGUUCUGGAGUCGAUCCCAACAGGAAUUUUAAUUACUAUUGGGGUUCUGAGGGCGCCAGCGCGAAUCCCUGCUCGGAAACCUACCGAGGGACCAGGGCGUUCUCCGAGCUUGAGACACGGGCCAUCAGGGACUAUAUCGGUGGUAUCAAGGACCGAUUGUCGCUGUAUCUGAGUUUGCACGCUUACGGUCAGUAUCUCCUGCUCCCCUUCGGAACUGGACCUUCGACGCUUAGUUCCGAGAAUAAAGUCCAAAUGGCCGCCGCGGGAGCUUUCAGAGACGCCAUCAUGAAGAAGACAGGCCAGACCUACAAGAUCGGAUCGUCGAAACAAAUUCUAUACGCGGCUUCAGGAUUAUCAAACGAUUGGGUUCACAGCCAGGGUGUGACUCACGCAUAUGUUGCCGAGCUACGCGAUACUGGCUCGCACGGUUUCGUUCUACCACCAGAACAAAUCUUGCCCGCGGCUGAGGAAGUUUUCGAGGGUAUCAAGGCCCUCAUCAAGUUUAUCGCCACCAACGAUCUCAAUACUCAGCGAAGGCAAGCCAUCGCCGGUUAG